AUGGCGCACGUGGUUAGGGAACUGGACUUGAGCCACCACUAUGGCGGGCACGGGUCCAUAGUGGACAAGAUGAAUGCAGUUCCUGGCCUCAAAACUAGUACUGUGGGGUUCGCGCCAGUUGGUGAAGUCACCUCGAAGACCUCCAGUGGUCAACAACGGGACGCAGUCACACGAGCUAUUGGACACCCAAUUGCUGAUUCUUCAGCCGAGGCCCCUAGACUGAUCCUGUGCCCAACAGCAUUCUUCACUUUCCUCCGCGCCAACCUCAACGUCAACCCGUCUGCAAUGUCCUCGAAUGCGAAUACCCCAAUGCUGGAGCCCUACCCCACGCAUGCGCUGCCGCCACCCUCGCCAUCCCCCCUGGUAACCGUCGACCCGCCCUCGCAGCCCGUCCCUGACGACCUGCCCGCGCUGUCCUGCGGUGUCGUGAACGCCGAGAUCGACAAGGUUGAUGCUCUGAACCUGGUGACGGACUCGAUCGCCCAGCAGCGCCAGACCAGCUCGCUACACUUGGUCUUCCAUCCUUACCUCGUCUCUGUCCUUGUUGUCAGCCUCGCGCUUGCGUUCCAGUACUCAUGGCGCAUGAAACGUGACCUGGGGCUCGCCCUGAUGUUGCACAGCGGCGUUGUCAUGACAUAUCUCCUUGGCAUACGAUUCGUGACAGGGCGGUACAUUGUCGUUGCCGAAGCGAUGAAAUGGGACUGGAUGGUGGGCGAGGACGGCGAGGAGGACACGGUGAUCGGAGUGCGAUUCGGGAAAGAGUUGAUUGGGGCGCUGUUCUUGCGGCUUGAGCCGUCGCCGAACCUGACCGGGAAGAAGCGUACCCGUGCUUCGGCACUGAAAGGGGGCAAAGGUGUGAUUCGAGCAUGGACUGUAAAGUUGAAGUACAGGCAUAAGGGCGUAGGCACAGAUAUGCUGCAGGAAGCUGUCAAGGUCACAAGGGAGAAGUGCGGCAAAGACGCCGCUGUCGGGUUCGCCCAGGAGCAUGCAAAUAGCGCGGUGGUGAUGCCAGAGGCGUUCAACGGCCAGAUGAGAAGGGGCGAGCAGAAGGCGGCGAAGGCAUUGGAAGACGUGCUGGCCGAGUGGGAGGAGGUUCGGCGGCAUAAGAGAGGGAACUCUAGGUAA